CAACUGAAUCAAGAAACAAAACCCUAAUGCGAACUAUUUUCUUUGAGAUAGUAUAUUGAGCCUCGUUCGCCUUCUUGUACGGGGACCUUCUUAUUCCUCGUCGCCGUCACCUCGAGUGCCCCUCCGGCGGUUCUUCUUCGCUGUUAUAGUAUAACCUGUAGUCAAUUAAUCAUGUUGAAGGUAAAAACACCAAAGAAAGGGAAAAUCAGGCGCGAGCUUGAGAAACGGGCUCCGAAACUUGUUGAAACAGGGAAGAAAACACUGAUACUUCAAGGUACAAAAACGAGUGGUACGUUGAAUGACGUAUUGAAAGGAAUAUAUCAUUUGAAGAGGGACAGUGCUAUCAGAUAUACCCGUAAGAACGAUAAUAUAAGACCAUUUGAAAGUGGCGGUGAGACUUCAUUGGAGUUCUUCUCUCUCAAAACUGAUUGCAGCAUUUUUGUGUAUGGCUCACACUCAAAGAAACGGCCUGACAAUCUUGUUAUUGGCCGCACAUAUGAUCAUCAUGUAUAUGAUCUUGUCGAGGUUGGAGUUGAGAAUUUCAAACCCAUGGAGUCAUUCACCUUCGACAAGAAGCUUGCUCCGAAAGUAGGGUCUAAACCCUUCAUUUCCUUUAUUGGAGAAGCCUUUGAAAGUGUGGAAGAGCUAAAGCAUUUGAAGGAAGUUGUGCUUGAUCUCCUUCGGGGAGAGGUUGCUGAAAACUUAAAUCUCGCUGGGAUAGACCGUGCUUAUGUUUGUACAGCUAUAUCUCCAAAUAGAGUGUUCCUUACACACUGUGCACUACGGCUAAAGAAGUCUGGAACAAUAGUUCCAAGGAUGGAACUGGUAGAAAUUGGUCCUUCCAUGGAUUUGGUGGUUCGUCGUCAUCGUCUUCCUAAUGACAGCCUAAAGAAAGAAGCUAUGAAAACAGCUAAAGAUCAGCAUCCUAAGAAGGUGAAAAAUGUUAGCAAAGAUGUCAUAGAAGGGAAGAUUGGAAGGGUUUACAUUCCUGAACAGAAGCUUCAAGAAAUGGUGGUAAUUGACAAAGCUAAAGGAGAGAAGCGAGAGCGACGUGAACGCGAAUCUAAGAUGAAGAAGAAGCCUGAGGAGCGCCCAUCAAAAAAAGCAAAAGAAGGCAAAUAGAUCUAGAAAUGUGCACGGGUGUUGUAUUGGGCUCUUGAAUGCCAUUUUGUACUUCGGCUUUUACAUUACUGCAUUUUCGUAUUAAAUUAAAAGGGCGAAAUUGAUGGGGAUGGAGAGUUGAGAUCCCUGACCUAGAUCCCUCUCGCAGCUUCUGUUCAUCGAGUCCCUUAUGUUUUUGUGUAAGAGGAAUCAUAGUGGCCCUAAGUCUUGUUUCUAUUAACUUUUUCUGGAUUAAACAGCUUUUAGCUUAUCCCUUUGAA